AUGGACGACGACGGCGCCGUGCCGAUUGUCGAUGCCGCCGACUUGUCGUAUGAAGCGUUCUGCGCCCAGUUCAUGGCUCGGAACCGACCGGUUAUCAUCACCAACGUUGGCGCCGACUGGCCCGCCCGCGUCGAGUGGUGUGACCGCUCCGGGCUGCGUCUUGAGACGCUCAGCGCUCGCUACGGCCACGCGUUGGCACCAGUUGUUGGCAAGUCCACCAAGUAUGGCGACGAGUCGCGAGACGAUGUAGCAGUUGCCACGUAUUUGGAUUGGCUCGCGUCAGGGCAGGCUGAAGCCGACCAGCUCUACCUCAAAGACUGGCAUUUCACGCGCGACUUUCCAAAGGACAGGAUCUACACAACGCCCAAGUACUUUGCUGAUGACUGGCUCAAUUGGUGGUGGGACGAAAAAGCUGCAGCACUGUCAGCAACGUCUGUGGGGCUUGAUGACUACCGGUUUGUGUACCUUGGACCGCGAGGCUCCUUCACGCCUCUCCACCAUGAUGUAUUUCAGUCGUACAGCUGGUCCAUCAAUAUGACGGGGCAAAAAGAGUGGCUGUUGUUCCCGCCGUCCGAGACACCAAAGUUGCUCGACAAAUUUGGUCGCGUGGUCCUUUCCAACUUUCAAGAAAUUGAUCCCGUCCAGUUUCCUCGUGCCCACACCGCCAAGCACUUGCGAGUGCUUCAGCCCCCGGGGGCAGCGCUCUUCGUGCCGAGUGGCUGGUACCACCAAGUGACCAACACGGCGACGACACUGUCGAUCAACCACAACUGGUUCAACGCGUACAACUUGCCACUGAUCUGGGCGUACUUUCAAGAGCAACUCGUGGCUGUCGAAAGAGAGAUCGAACACUGCCGGGAUGGCUUCGACUCGGACUCUGACUGGAUCCUCCAUUGCCAGCUGCUGCUGCGUGCCAACAUUGGCAUGGACUUUAACGAGCUCUGCGCGCUGCUGGAGGCCCGUGCAGCCAUCUCGACGGCGCCGUUUGAUGUGGCGCAGAUCUAUCAAGUCCUCGGACCACUGCGCGUGCAUCCAGCCAUCAACAGCAGCAAGUAA